AUGUCUCAGAAUAGCAAAAAUGGUAAUAUCAUGAGCUUCUUCAAGCCCAUGGCAAGAUCUCAAACACCAAAGGCCACCAAAUCCUCAACACCAGAUCCGCCAUCUUCUCCGCCAACACAUUCAUAUCCGCUGGAACAAAAGGCGACUACCCCCGUGAAAAAGACAGCAUCGCCAGCCCCAAACCGUGUGAUUCAAGCCUCAGAUGAUGAGGACGACUUCGGAUCUUCUUCCGACGACUCGCUCGAAGAUCUAUCUACCAUCAUCGGACGAGGGCGACCAGCAAAGGCAACCCAGUCUCCUGCCCGCAACCUAUUUGCCACGCCGAAAGCAAAGAGAACUGCUGUCGAGUUUCAUACCUCUCCGUUAACCAUAAUAUCCAAGCACAAAUUCGACCUGAAAGCGUUAGCCAAGGAUGCUCGCCAGGACGAUGCUAUUACAGCAAGCUCGAUGAGAGCAAAAGCUUUCUCAAAUUUUGUCAACCAAGCAGAUGCACAAAUGACGAUAGACGAGACAUCACAUGAUGUCAUGGAGGGUAUUGUCAAGAACAACACAGGUCAAGAUGCACAGAAAGUUAUGCGAGCAGUGAAAAGAUCAGAAACUGGCCAGUCGGAACUCCGGUAUUGCUUCUUCUCUAAAGACUACACCAUGCCUCCUCCCAGUCCUGCCCCGAAGAAGUUAAACAAGGGUCACUGGAGGUUGUUAACCCAGGGCGAUCACAAAACUCGCGAACAGCAUCUUGCAUCUGGUGUGCCACUCACUCUGCUCCAGCUGAAAGGAGGUUUACCAGAAGAGCUGUUCGAUUGGAUCUUGAACGACAUAUGUGCCCAAAAAUCAUCUCUUGUCAGGCAAGAAUAUUGCAACCUGCUCAGUAAUUGCACAGAUCUUAUCGAACCACGUAUCACGCCGCAGCGACUAGAAGAGCUGCUGUAUCGUUUUGGCGCCUCCCCUGAGCUCGGGCAGUGUGACUCGGAAUUAGACAUAUCAAAACCCAGCGUUGAGCCUUAUGAAGGACGCGACUGGUCACCUCUGAGCUCCUUCCUAUCACUCCUGACAGCUGUAUCACCGUACAUGUCCGAAGACUCUGUUGUUUACGCAUCACAGGCGCUGCUGCGUAUGUCGAUGGAUAAGUUUUUGAUCUACGACAUCAAUCUCCUGACUACCUACGAGGUUACUAUUGGCACUCUCUUGGAAGCCAUUCCUCAGCCCAGUUGGGACGCAUUCUGUCUCGAAACCUGCACACUAUUACAUACCUUGGUCAAGGCACAAUGUGUCCGGACGAAUGCUCUAGCAUGUCUGCCCGUCAGUAAGACGAGGGCCCAUGAAAUGAGACGACGACUGGCUGUGGUGUUCUUGUUCGAUGAUCCAGCUUUGGCCCGCUUUCAUCCUGAUAAUACAGUGACUAUCCGUGGAAUCAUCAAGAGACUAGACCACAGUGACUUCACUGUCGGGCCUAAAACAGACUUUACUGAAUUGCAAGCCAACAUUCUACUCCUUAACAUCUCAGUAGAUGACGGUUCUUUCAUACCAUCUGAUGAUCCGGAAUAUGAGAAACAAUUCAAUAUCGACAUCGACGAGCUCGCAGGAAAGCUACGAGAGAUCUGGCGAAAGAUCAAUGACGCAGGGAUGAAGCUUGCUCGCACGGAAGCAAAGAGUGUGAUAGAAUGGGUACAGCAGCGACUGGCACACUCUGUUCGCACUCGCCGGAAGGCCAAGAAGAGCAUAUUUGACCUUCCAAGCCAAAAUCAAGAUCAUUUUCUUCCCGAACAACAGAGCUACAUGAAAAACUUCCUGCGCAAGACCUAA